CAUGUGUGCUCGCUCACGCGUUCAUACUGGUCAAGGGAAAACGAGUCAUUUGCUUUCAACUUGUAAGUUUUAAAGGACGUAAAGCGGUAGAGAAGAGAAACAAACUCAAGAGUACAAAUAACUACAAUGAAUAGUGUUGGUGAAGACUGCAGUGAGUUGAAGCGUACUUAUGACAGUUGCUUCAACAGAUGGUUUGCAGAAAAGUUCUUGAAAGGAAAAAUUGAAGAAGACAGUGAUUGUAAAGAAAUUUUUACAUCAUAUCAAUCAUGUGUAAAGAAAGCAUUAAAGUCCCAGAAUAUCAGUUUAGAUGAAGUAGAGAAAGAUGUUUUAGGAACUGCAGAAGAAAACCAGCCUCCUCCCAAGGACUAAUAUACAGUCCAUAUUAAUGAGGUUUGCUGAGACUAUUGUACAAAUAAUUAUUUGUUUGUUGUUUGUAUGGAAGUAUACAUAUGCUACCUUCAUUUUUUUUACAGAAUGAAUCUUUACAUUUGCUAUGUUGUUUUGUAUUAUGUGGAAGGAUAUGUAGUUUGUCAUGAUGCCAAAAAUUCCUAGCUAUUCACAAUCAGUAAAUGUUGCAUAAUACACAUUAAAUCUAAUGUGUAAAAUGACAUCCAUUCAGAAUGCAGAAAUGCUUUCCUUAGGUGAAGGAAGGUGUCUUGUGUAUAUUAGAAAACUAAGUUAAUAUGCAUUUUGUUGUUUUUACUUAUGUUUAGUGAUUUCAUGAUUAACUAGGAAUAACAAUGGGCUCCUCUGGUCCCAAGUAAAUGUAUACAUUUAUUUAAAAUCUCAGUAAUAGAACAGAGAUCAGACAAUGUGAUUGUGGUUUUCUAGGAUGAUACUAUACUAAUGUAACUCAUAAUCCUGUUAUAAUGAUACCGCAAUGAAGACUAUUAGUAAAGAUGAUACCAAUGUUUUAUUCUCAUGUGUUACUUUACCCAUGGUUGUGCUUUUUAUAUGUAAGUAUAUGCAAUAUUAACAUGAUUAAUUUUUUUGUAGGGUGCUAGUACAACUACAUGUUAUACUAUUAUAUGAUAUACAGCAACAUAAUGCAAGUUUCUGAUUUAUUUUUAUUUAUUUAUUUUAUUAUUUAUUAAUUUUUAUUAUUAUUAUUUUUUUUUUACUUGUAUUUUAAAAGGUGAGUUUAUAGCUUGAAGAAGAUUGCUGAGCAGCUAGUAUGAUAUACCAGUAUUGCUUAAAUUUCAUAAAGCAUAGUUCUGUGUUCAAAAUAUAAGAUAUUAAAAAUAAAGAAGAAAUGGUUAUGACGCACUGUAAAAGAUAUUCUGCAUAAGAUAUGCAAAGCAUGUAAACUUAUGAAUAUUGAAAUAUUAUUUUUGCUGAGAUUUGAGAUUGUUAAAAGAUAUUUAUCUAGGAUAUGUAUUUGACAUGACUGUUUCCAUAUAUUAUGUAAAUAGUGGAUGUAAAUGUCUGUUUGCUAGUUUUAUUUGUAUAUAAUAUUGUACAUACCAUUACAUUUUGCAAAUGAC